AUGGUGUGUCCAGUCACCGAGCGCAAGCAGAGGAGGCUUGUGAAGCUAGGCUCUCAGGCCACGAGCUCCCAGGCCACGAGCUCCCAGGUCACGAGCUUCCAGGUCACGAGCUUCCAGGUCACGAGCUCUCAGGUCACGAGCUCCCAGGUCACGAGCUCCCAGGUCCCGAGCUCCCUGGUCAUGAGCUUCCAGGUCCCGAACUCCCUGGUCACGAGCUCCCAGGUCCCGAGCUUCCAGGUCACGAGCUUCCAGGUCCCGAGCUUCCAGGUCCCGAACUCCCUGGUCACGAGCUCCCAGGUCCCGAGCUUCCAGGUCACGAGCUUCCAGGUCACGAGCUUCCAGGUCACGAGCUCCCAGGUCCCGAGCUUCCAGGCCACGAGCUCCCAGGUCACGAGCUUCCAGGUCACGAGCUUCCAGGUCACGAGCUCUCAGGUCACGAGCUCCCUGGUCACGAGCUCCCUGGUCACGAGCUCCCAGGUCCCGAGCUCCCUGGUCAUGAGCUUCCAGGUCCCGAACUCCCUGGUCACGAGCUCCCAGGUCACGCAGGCUGCAUGA